GUUGCCUGUAAAUUGCCCAGCAUACUGAACACUACGAACAGUGCUGAGCAUAGAUUGUUUUGUUGUUGCGAUGAGUGUUUAUUUCGCAUUGUAAAGUUAAAGACGGCGAUGAAACAGUAACGUCGGGUCGAGCUUUUUCGCAUAAAUAUUUGUAUAGUGAGAAAAGAAAGUGUUCAAUAGAACAGUAACGGGUCGAAAAUCAAAGAUUAUAUAAAAAAGUAUUGUUAAACGCUUAAAAAAUCGAAGAAUUGCGCUUUUUCCAAUAAAUUACAAACCUUGCUCUGAGCCUUUGGGUUGUGUCUGUUAACGUAAAAAGAACAACAUUUUGUUGUUGUGUGCUGCACAGUGCUGCAGUCUUUGCUGGUCGACUGACUGUGCGACUAUUUUGCGAGAGCUCGGGAAAUUUGUGUAAAUCGAUUCGAAUUGGAGAAAAUUGUAGAGAAAGGAUUAAGUAAAUAAAAUCCGUGAAAUUGGUUUUGAACCAAAAAAGGCGGUUUCAAAAUAUAAAUUCAAUGAUUGAUAGUUUGUGAAAUUUCAAAGAAAAACACCCAUAAAAUAUGAAACGAGUGAAACAGUGAAAAAGGUAUGAAUCAAAUUGCUUAUUGUGUUGUUUAUGUUGUUGCUACAAUUACAACGGAUAGCUGCCACACUUUGCCAGCAACUUUUAAUUCUCUACACCAAAUGAAAAAUUGCCUUCACGAAGGCAAAAAGCAAAGCUAAAGGUGAGGAAAAUAGAAAAGCAUAAAGUACCAGUAAAAGAAAUCUAAGCUGGUCGAAAAAAGAAAAAAUGUGUGUAUGAAUCCUAAACUGAGGAAGAUCAGAAAUGUUUGGCAAUAGCAGCAAGAAACUGUAUAUGAAAUGUCAAAAGCAAAUAGAAGGCCAAUACAAUAAAAUCUUGUGAAGUGUGUGAAAAACUUAUGAAAAAAAGGAAAUUAAAUAAAAUUGUUUAGUGUAUCGUUUUGGUUGCUGCCUAAAAAAAAACUAUAUAAACAGAAAUUGUGCAGUGAAAUUGGUUAGAGAAACGAGCAAAAAAAUAGAAGUCACAAUAAAAAAUAUAGGAAAACUGAGAGAGAGAGAGCGCGCAAAAGCAGUUGAAAAGAGUAUUUGUGCUACUGCUGCUGCUGCAUGUGUGAAUGUGCGUUUUGCGUUUCUUAUUGGAAAACAAAUGAAGAAGUCCAAAAAAAUUUUGUGUUUAUCUAAGCACUUGGAAAUUACAGCAAAUAUUUAUAGCUAACGCGUAAAAUUAUAAAAAAAGAAUAAUUAAAAACAAAAAAAAUCAAAGAAAACGCACUCGCAGUGAAAUAGUAAAAAACUCAUUUGAGACGUCUUCAGCAGCGAUAAUGUCGACAACUUCGUCCAUUGAAACGCCCACAUCUCCAAGCAUUCCAUUGCCACCCCAUCAAUCAGUACAGCACCACCAUCAGCAUCAACACCAUCCUCAACACCAUCCGCAUCAGCACACGACCACAGCUAUUGUUGUCAGUUCUGGCGCUGGCGCUGGCUCUGGCUCUGGCUAUCAUCACACAAAUUCGGCCAACAAUUUCACUCAAUUUAGUCGUCAUCGCACCCAUUCAUCUUCGUCCUCAUCGAAUAAUUCCUUUACGGGCGGCGUCACUGGUGUUGCCUCGAUGAAAUCAAGCAUAACUGGAGUUAACAUCAAUAACGGCAAUAGUAACGGUAUUGGUAAUAGCAACAACUACAACCCAAAUAAUAGCAACGACGGCAGCUGCAGUGGUAGUGGCAACAAUCCCAAUCAAUCGACUCACUCCUUACUGACCCCGUCAUCGUCGACAUCCUCAUCACCUUCAGUGUCGGCCUCGGCCUCCACUUCGGCUGCUGUACAUAAUUCACAUCAAUAUUCACAUCCGUACCAACAACCACAACAAAAUCAUCAUCAUCAUCAUCAUCAGUAUCCCCAGCCACAGCAGCAGCAGCAGCAGCAGCCGCAACAGCAACAACAACAGCAACAAUACUCUUCAUAUUCGCAACGCGGCGUUGCAAGGCCGUCAACGUCAUUCUCGACUCCUGACGGCACCGUGACCGCUGUGGCCGUCACCGCCAUCUCGACUAAUACGCCAGGCAGCAUGAAGCGCCAUCACACCGACGUAUCGGUGUGUUCGUCCGGCUCUUCGUCAUCUUGCUGCUCCAGUACCGGUUCGGUAUCAGCAGUCGGUGUCAUGGGCGCCGCUGGCUCCACAGUGAAUGCUGCCAUCGUUACUACACCAGCUGUGGUCAGCAGCAGCGGCGGUGCACUGAUUACGCAGAAAUUGAGCAGGACAAUUCCAUCAGAUAAGGCGCAUGAAGAAAGAAAUUCAGGGCCAACAGCGCAGCGUGUAUUGGCCUUCAAAAAUUGAUGUUAACAAGCUGAGAGGUGGUCACGGCUGUAGGUGCGUUGCAGCCAUAUACACAUACACCUACAAAUACGAGGGUGAGUGGAAGACUGUGCGUGAGCUUUAUGCAAAGGUCAUUUUGCACAUACACACACACACACAAAUGCGCUUCGGUAGCAAACAUU